AUGAACAAGGAAGAAUAUCAGAAAGUGACAGAGUCAGCUGCUCUAGAAAAGCAUAAAGUCAACCCAUACGGUCCUAACCCGUCCGAUUUCCUGUCGAACGUCAACAACUUCCAGUUGAUCGACUCCACGCUGAGGGAAGGUGAGCAAUUCGCCAAUGCAUUCUUCUCCACGGAGAAGAAGAUCGAGAUCGCCAAGGCAUUGGACGCCUUCGGCGUCGACUACAUCGAGUUGACCUCCCCCGUCGCCUCGGAACAGUCCAGAAAGGACUGUGAGGCGAUCUGUAAAUUGGGGUUGAAGGCGAAAAUACUGACGCAUAUCCGUUGCCACAUGGACGACGCCCGUGUCGCCGUGGAGACCGGAGUCGACGGUGUCGACGUCGUUAUAGGGACCUCAAAGUUUUUGAGACAGUACUCGCACGGUAAGGACAUGAACUACAUUGCGAAAUCCGCCGUGGAAGUAAUCGAGUUUGUCAAGUCCAAGGGGAUCGAGAUCAGAUUCUCCUCCGAGGACUCCUUCAGAAGUGACCUCGUCGAUCUGCUGAACAUAUAUAAGACGGUCGACAAGAUCGGGGUCAACAGAAUCGGUAUCGCCGACACUGUGGGUUGCGCGAACCCAAGACAGGUGUACGAGCUGGUGCGCACGUUGAAGAGUGUUGUAUCCUGUGACAUCGAGUGUCAUUUCCAUAAUGAUACCGGUUGUGCGAUCGCCAACGCGUACUGUGCGUUGGAAGGUGGUGCCCGAUUGAUCGAUGUCUGUGUCCUCGGGAUCGGUGAGAGGAACGGUAUUGUGCCCCUGGGUGGUCUAAUGGCGAGAAUGAUCGUCGCUGCUCCAGAGUACGUCAAAUCCAAGUACAAGUUGCAUAAGCUGAGAGACUUGGAGAAUUUGGUCGCCGAGUCCGUCGAGGUGAACAUCCCCUUCAACAACCCAAUCACCGGGUUCUGUGCGUUCACCCACAAGGCCGGGAUCCACGCCAAGGCCAUCCUGGCGAACCCAUCUACCUACGAGAUCCUGGACCCUCAUGAUUUCGGUAUGAAGAGGUAUAUCCACUUCGCUAACAGGCUGACUGGGUGGAACGCAAUCAAAUCGAGAGUCGACCAGCUGAACUUGAACCUGACAGACCCUCAAGUCAAGGAGGUCACCGCGAAGAUCAAGAAGAUGGGUGACAUUAGACCACUGAACAUCGACGAUGUCGACUCGAUCAUCAAACAGUUCCACCAGGAGAUAAAUACACCAUACUUCGGCCCAACCAAGACCAAAGCGGACGAAGAACCCCUGGAUUUGGCCAGCGAGCCACCAAAGAAGAAAGCCAAGAACAAAGACAGCAAUUGA